AUGGCAGACCUCACCAAAUUGCCAGCGGUCGAAGACCGCAGCGAUGAAGGUGGCCUGGAACGGACGAAGUCCAUCGCAACGGACGACAAAGGCGAUACCGUGAUCAGGACGGAAGAUGGAGAGACUUUCGUCAUCGACAAAGCGGCCGAGCGAAAAUUACUCUGGAAAUUCGAUCUGAGGAUCUUACCGCUCUUGACGAUGAUGUACCUUUUCAAUAGUCUGGAUAAGGCGAAUCUCGGCAAUGCGAAAACUGCUGGGUUGGAGAAGGAUUUGGGAUUUGCGGGGACGAAUAAGUGCAUGUCCUUCUCCUUCCAAUCUUUUAAUAGUGGCUGCUGAUUCUGCGUAGAUAAUAUCCUUCUCAGUAUCUUUUUCGUUCCCUAUGUCCUGACAGCGCCGUUCCUCGGCAUGGCUGGGAAGAUCUACGGUCCCUCGCGGGUGCUUCCCCUAAUGAUGAUGACGUUCGGAUCCAUGACUGUCCUGACCGUGGCAGUAUACAACUGGAGUGGUCUCAUGGCUCUGAGAUGGUUCCUUGGAAUGGCAGAAUCAGCCUUCUUCCCACUGGUCAUCUACUACCAAACGCAAUUCUACCGCCGUCACGAACUCGCCCGCCGACUUGCGAUUUUCUACGCGGCUUCCAACGUCGCCGGUGCUUUUGGCGGUCUACUUGCCUUUGGAAUGUUCCAGCUCCAUGGAGGAUUGCUCCCGAGUUGGAAAUAUCUCUUCGCGCUGGAAGGAGGCUUGACGGUUCUCUGUGCGAUCAUGGCACUCAUCUUCCUACCAUACUCGGCGCAGCACGCGAAAUUCCUCACGCCUGAGGAAAAGAAACUGGCUUUCUACCGCAUACAGGUGGAUUCCUCCGCCGUUGUAGAGGAGAAAUUCAAUCUCCGCGAAGCGAUCAAGAUUCUUGAGCAACCGACGUCCUGGAUUAUUCUGGCGAUCGAAAUGUGUCUUGGAAUACCUUUGCAAUCCGUCUCUCUCUUCCUGCCACAGAUCAUCGCCAGACUGGGAUACGGGACCGUGAAAACAAAUCUCUACACCGUCGCGCCCAACGUCACGGGUGCUUGUAUGCUUCUGAUCCUGGCCUAUGCCUCCGACUACACGCGCUGGAGAUUCCCGUUCAUCGCGCUGGGCUUCUUCUUCACGUUCUGUGGCUUCAUCAUCUACGCGGCUAUAGAUGUGGAGCAUAACAUCCAAGUCGCAUACUAUGCUUGUUUCAUGAUGGUACGUCCGUCCGUCUUGCACCACUUUUCCCCUGCCCUCCCUCCCUGUCAUUGAACCCCGCCUUUACUGAUCCAUCAUAUCCCACACACAGACGUGGGGAACCUCCGCCCCCUCCGUCCUCCUCGACGUAUGGUACAACAACAACAUCGCCGACGAGAACCGACGAGUCCUGCUCACGUCUCUCGGCGUUCCCGUCGCGAACGUCAUGGGCGUGGUUUCCAGCAACAUCUUCCGGAAUCAGGAUGCUCCGGCCUAUAUUCCCGCUCUAGCAACCACGGCGGCCUUUGGCGCUACCGGGAUAGUACUCACGUUAUCAUUGGGAGCUUGGAUGAUCUUUGAUAAUGGAAGACGGAACAGGAGGCAAGGGAAAGUUGUGAGAGCGAAGGACCUUCCUACUGAGAGGCUGAAAGAGGGGCCGAGGAGUCCGGAUUUCAGGUGGAUUUAUUGA